CAUCGCAUCGAAGCGGCACGAAUUUCACGUUGUCAGUACACCGUGAGCCACCGACUGGCUCGUAUUCAAUUUUUCAAAAGACACGGUCUCCAUUUUUCUGCUUCAUUUCCGUCAAGGAAAGAAGACAAAAAAAAAGGAUUUUUUUGUGUAUAGUGAGAACUCAAAUAUUUUUAUAUAAGAGUGCAGUGCCAAGGCAAUGUCUUUUGUGUAAAUUUGCCCCAAAAAAAAAACUAGUGGAUUGUUUUUUUUGUGUGUUUUCUACUCGAAAAAUUAUUAUUAUUAUUAUUAUUCAUCGAAAAUUUAUAAUUUUGAUAUAAUUUAAGGUCGAAUUUAAAUCGAGACUGAAAACAUGAGGAAUUCCACUCUACUAAAAUGGGCUAAUUCAACUAAUAAUAAAAAUGGAUCAAACAAAAAUGGAACUUCGGGUAGAAACUGGAUACACCCACCGGAUGCGCUUCAAAAAGGCCACAUCGCCUAUCUAGUCAAGUACUUGGGCAGUACGGAAGUUGAUCAGCCCAAGGGUAUUGAGGUCGUUAAGGACGCCAUUUGCAAACUUAAAUUUAAUCAGCAAAUCAGAAAGAGUGAAGGGACAAAAACACCGAAAGUUGAACUCACAAUUAGCAUAGAUGGAGUUGCCAUUCAAGAACCAAAAACAAAAACUUCUCCAAAGCGAAUUUUGCACCAGUAUCCGUUACAUCGGAUUUCCUAUUGCGCAGACGAUAAGGGAGAAAAAAGAUUUUUCACAUUUAUCGCAAAAGAGGAAGACGCAGAGAGGCACAUGUGUUUUGUUUUUGUAAGUGAUAAACUCUCGGAGGAAAUAACGUUGACGAUUGGUCAAGCAUUCGAUCAGGCGUAUAAACGAUUUUUAGAAACUUCCGGCAAGGAUAUUGAAGCCCAAAGACGCACUAUUCUUUUACAACAAGAAAUUAAGCGACUCGAGAGGGAAAAUAAUUUUUUCCGACAACGAUUGCAAGACAUCGCAGCCAUCAAGGGAUCGGCGGAUAUUUCGUCGUAUCUCUCGCAACAUAAUAUUCCUGAUAUUUUAUAUAUUCCGGAAAUGCCCGCUGUAUCAACAACCACAGCGUCAACGACAACAAAUUCAUUAACAGAUAUUUCACGAGUCAAUGGAAAUCCAGGGAAAUUUAUUCUCAAUUCUAGUAAUGAUACAAAUGGAAAUGGUGCUCAACAACCGCCUCCAGUUCCACCGAGGAGUUUUGAGAAAUCUUUUGACGAUGAUUUUAUUGCAAAAAAUUCUACAACACCAACACCAGCAGUUGGUACAAAAUUAGAAGGUCUUUUAAUGGAUGAAUUUGAGGAAGACUUUAAUCCAAGAGCUUUUGAAAAUCCAAGCAAUGGUUCGCCAAAUCAUCAAUCAAAUAAUAAUUCUCUUUUAAAUGGCCAAUCAUCGUCGGGAUCGAAUUUCUUUUCACAAUCGAAUGGAUUGAAUUCCACUCCUCUUUUGGCUCCUCCACCGAAAUCGAAGGAUUCGAGACGACAGAAUGGAGCGAAGGAGGAUUUAUUUGGAAGCGUUCCAUUUAAUCCUGCGCCUUUUGAUAAAAACGAUUUUAAGGAUCCCUUCGAAAUGGGAGAAUUUGGUAGCAUCACAUCGAGUUCGGGACCAAGUCAACAGGAAUUAGAAAAUGCUAUUGGUCUUUUGGAUAAGAAACUCUUGGAAAUGAAGGAUGGAUUCAGCAGAGGCCUCUCCAUCGACACUGACGAUUUUUCCCUGGAAAGUCUCGAUCCAUUGAGAAAUUAAUAAAAAAAAAUGAAGAAAUUUAUUCUCCCCAUACCAACUCAAAUAAGAAAAAUUAGCGCGUCACAGACAAAUGGGACCAAUCGCAAGGCCUGAAACCAAAAUUAGUCAAUUUAUUAUACAUUUAAUCAUAUUUAUAUGAGUCUUCGAUAUUUAUAUAUAUAUAUAAAUCACUCAAUGAAUAAUAAUCAAUAUUUUUUCUUCUAUCUUUUAUAAAUUCAAUUUAUAUGUAUAUUUAAAUAUAUCAAUUUUUUUUUUAAUUACUUGACGAAAAAUGAAAUUUAUGCGAAAAUUUUCUAAAUAGAAUAUAUAUUUAUAUAUACAACAUAAAGACACCAGUUAUUGACAAAUGAAUUUUCCAUUAAUUUGGAAUUUGUCAAAAUGAUUGAAAAAUAAGUGAGAAUUUUUUUUAUGCGCCUUUUUAAAGAGAUAAAAAUCAAGUCUUUUUCUUGGGCAAAUUGUUAAAAAAAAAAUUAAAUGAAAAAAAAAACGCCAUCAAAUAGAUUAAACGGACAUAAAACUAACUGAUGUAGAUUUAGAAUAAUUAUUAGAAUAUAAAUACAUAGUUUUCCCAUUCUCCUGAUAUUAUGAAAGAGAAAAAAAAAGAUAUAUUGUAACUUUCUAACAAAGUGAUCGAUUGAAAUUUUCUCAGGAAUGGGAGAAAACAAUUUCACCUAUUUUUAUUGCGAUCCUUCAACUGUUUAUUAUUAUUAUUUUUUUUUUUAUUAUCAAUUGCUCUUUUAUAAGAAUAAAAAAAAAUAACUAGCUAAUUGUGAGAAAUUUCGCCAACGGUCCGAUUAUAAAUGAUUUAGAUUUAUAGAGAUUUUUAUAGAAAGAAAGAAAAAAAGUUUCUUCUCUUUUUUUUGUUUCUUUAAAUUAAAUUUAAGAUCUGAAAUGUUACUGCGAUGCAAGAAAGUAAAUUAUGUACAUAUAUAUAUUAUACUAUUGUUGUUGUAUUGUUUAAGCCUUUUCUUUAAGAAUAUAUCGCAUUAUUAUUA